AUGGAACUGCCGGUCGCGCCGGUCGUCCCGUUCGGGACGCUCCUCGGCAUCACGGACGGCGGCGUCCACGUCUACUGCUGCGACUACACGACGCUCUCAGAUGACGCGCGCGCCAACCGCGACGACUUCAAGAGCGUGCACAACGGGAUCACGACGGGCUACAAGUGGCAGUGCGUCGAGCUCGGGCGGCGGUACCUGCUCGUCAACUUUGGCGUCGUCUUUGACAACAUCGCGAUGGCGUACGACAUCUUUCGCCUGAAGAACGUCCGGCGCGUCGAGGACGACCAACUCGUGCCCAUGCACCCGAACGUCAACGGCGAGGCCACGGAGCUGCCCGUGAAGGGCUCGCUCCUCAUCUGGAACCCCGUGGGCGAGUUUGAGCGCACGGGCCACAUCGCGGUCAUCGUGCACGCCGAGAACGACUACGUCGACAUUGUCGAGCAGAACGUGGACGACGAGGUGUGGCCCGCCGGCCAAACCUACUCGCGCCGGCUCCAGGCCGUCGUCGACGAAGACUCGGGCGCGUACACGAUCGUGUGCUCGUACCCCGACUCGUCGAUCCUCGGCUGGAUGACCAUUGAUAUGGAGACCGAGUACAACUACGAAGACGUCAUGCUGGCGACGCCCAGCGACUUUGGCCGACGCGAGAUCAUCGUGUCGGCGGCGGCCGCUGCGGCUGCGUGGCUCGACCCGACUGCUGCGUACGUACAGACGUUCCUUGCGACGCCGGGUGCAGUGCUCACGGAAGGCAAAUCGCCGUACUUUACGCUCACGUCGCACGGACAGGCCGCGCUCGAGUAUGCGACCGACCACCUCCACCACAUGUUUCUCGACGCGACCGACUACGUCUUGCACCACGAGAAGGAGCUCGGUCCGCAUUUCCGCAUCCCGCAAAAGCUUUGGCCGCGCAUUCGCCGGUCGUGGUUCCGGCGCAAGCCCGACUGUGUCGCAGGGCGCUUUGACUUUACGCUGACGCAAGACGGCCUCAAGGUGUACGAGUACAACGCCGACUCGGCGUCGUGCCUCCUCGAGUGCGGCCUCACGCAGGACGCGCUCGCGUCUUUAUUGGGGCUGCCCGGCCAUAGCAACAGCAACGGACUUUUUUCCAAACUCGUCGAGACGUGGACUGCCCGCAACGUGAUUGGUCCGCUGCACUUGCUCUGCGACGACGAGCCGGAGGAGAUCUACCAUGCCCAGUACAUGGCGGCGGCCGCGACAUCCGCGGGCCUCGAGACGCAUGUGGUCGUGGGUCUAGGCGGCCUGCAGCGCAGCGGCCACGAUAUUUUGGACGCGGCUGGCAACAUCCUUCGCAAUGUCUGGAAGACGUGGGCGUGGCGCACCGCGCUCAACGAGCUCUCGGACGACGAGUGGGCCGGGUACCUCUUUGAGGACGACGCAGUCGACCCCAAGGCGUUGGCGACGCCCAAGUACCGCGAGCGCGCUGGCACGACGACCAUUCUUCUCGUCGAUGUGCUUUUACACCCUGCGAUCCGCAUUUUCGAGCCGCUCUGGACCCUCUAUCCCAAGCACCCGCUCUUAUUGACGUCGUCGUUUGAGCUCACGCCCGAGCUGCAAGCGUCCGGGUACGUAGUCAAGCCCGUGACGGGCCGCGCGGGUGCCAAUAUCUCGGUGGUCGGCGCCGACGGCACGGUCUUGUCGCAGUCGCAUGGUCGCUGGACGGACGACUCGCCCGUGUACCAGGAGAUCGCACUGCUCCCGCAGUACGCCGGCGAGUACGUCCAGCUCGGCGCGUGGGCCAUCGGAGGCGUCUACGGUGGCGCGGUCGUCCGCGCCGACCCGACCAACAUCAUCCGCUUCGAGUCGCCCAUCUACCCCAUGCGCGUGCUGGACGACGACGCGUCCACCUCGGCGUAGACAAAGACUCUUGCAUUUCCUAGCAUGCUUUUCGGCUAAAUGACUUGAAUGCUUGGAUUCUACGGGUAUCGGACUGUCAUGUACAAUCGUGUUUGCC